UGAACUCAUUAAAGAAUAUCUCGAGUACAAGAUCAACGGCAUUGAGUUGCCCUUUAAUCCAAUGUAUGAAGUUAAUAUCUAUGAAUUCCAUCCUCGAGAUCUUACUGAAAAAUACCAACCACAAGGAAAGGAUGAUUUAUGGUAUUUCUUCACUACAAGGGAAAAGAAGUACAUGAAUGCCGGUAAUAAUGGAUAUUGGAAAUGUACCGGAGCUGAUAAAAAAAUCAGGGAUGAUUUUGAUGAGAAUAAAGUGAUCGGACUCCGAAAGCGUUUGAAGUAUUACGAAGGAACACAGUCAGAUGAAAAUCAGAAGAAGACAGAUCGAGUGGUUGAUGCAUGAAUAUCAAACCCUAGAUCAAGCCGAAUCCUCUAAAGCCAAAACCAAUGAACUAAAGAGGAAAAGAAAUGCAUCUACCAGUAUGAGGUUGGAUAUUGUGCUAUGCAAAAUUUAUUACAAAAAGAGGGCAGCCGGAAAGAAGCCAGCAGAUAAAAAAACAGUACAAGUUACAGACAUGGAUGCAGCCGGAAAUCCCCCAGACAGCAGCCGGAGAGUAAACUCCACCACCACCGAUUACGACAGCGAAGCCAGCUCCUAUGAUAGCGCAAACUCCACCACCACCGAUUACGACAGCGAAGCAGGUUCAUUUGGUUGUUAUGAUCAUCUUGAUUAACAUCAAUUUCAGGCUAGCUUUAAUAAUGGUCACAACAAUUACUACCGAUGUCGGGUUCUAACAACUUAUUUGCAUCAUCAUCACGAUUCGUAAUGGAUUCAGGACGUAGAUUGUUAGAUUAAUGAUUCAAAUUAGUUGAAUAAUAUUUUGUUUGUUAGAGUAGUCAAUAAUUUAGUGGUUUACACUAACUCAUGGGAUAGAUUUCUGAUUUUAUUAGUUAGUGGAUCAUUGUGAAAUUAUUUCCUUAAUUUUAGCUUUACAUGUUUUGUCAAGCGGACCCCAUCAUGGAUGAAAAAAAUUGUAAACCGUUAGAUAGAUCAGAACUAACAACUCAUGAUUGAUACGCCAAAUAGAAAAAAUGUGCGUCUUUCUUGCU